AAAAGCUCAGUGGACAGUGAGCGCUCAGUCAGUUGCGGAUUGCCGCUCGGGGCUCACGCACGCUUGUACACUUUCCUUUCCGCCAUCGAAUUGUAUCGUUGUCAACCGAUAUCCGAACAAUAAUUAAUUACCGCGCGAUAAACACCGAUAAAAGCUAACAAAUAAUAAUGCUGCAACAGAAUAAACAUUCGGGAAAUUAGUAUCACGGAGAUGUAAAAAAAGUGGAUGAACGCUCUAUCGUGGUGAAUUAUUUUCGUUAGAGAUUACAGUCGAACAGCGCUCACAAUGUUGCUCGUUUUAUUCGCUUUGUCGGCGUGUGGCAUUUUCGGAAUCCACAGUCUCAUUCCAGAAAUGUCAUGCUGUCGUCUGGCGACUGGAUCUUGUCGAAACGUUUGCUCCCAGAUCUCGAUCGUUGCUCUGGGUGCUGAUCCCAAGGUCCGGGAAAACGCGACCCAACACCUUCGGGAGUUUUGCUCCGGUGGGCCGGCGGAAUUUUGGAGCUGCGCGAACUCGACUCUCCAAGAUGCCGAAAAGAACGAAGACUGGGUCGGCCGAGGCUGCUGUCACUUGGCUCAAUAUCCGAUCUGUCGGUCGACGUGCGCACUCGUCGGCUCGCAAAAAGAGCUCGUCGGAUCCUGUCGGCCGAGCGACGAACCCGAGUUUUACGGAUGCUUGGAACGACGCGAAGACGGAGAACGCUGUUGCAGCAACGUUGCAAACGCCACGUGCCGGGCUGUGUGCAGAGAGCUUUUUCAUAAACCCGGCAAACAAUCGAGCCUCAAACUGUACAGCAGCAAAGGAUGUUUUCAUCAAGUACCGAAGUGCUUAAAAAACGUGGCGGAAUCGAGCAGCGCUGAAAAUCCAAGACAAUAUUUGCACUGCUGCGAAAAAGCGACGACGCGUGGCUGCCUGGAGGCCUGCAGAAAAACAUUUUACACGGCGACGACGGUUCUCGACAUACUCGACGCUCUGGACGAAAAGUGUCAGCCGAUACUUCCGCAAUUGCCAUUGUGGGGUUGUCUCCUGCAAUCGUCGGGAGAAAAAGCGCCGCGUUUACCACUCGACAUAGGAAAAUUGACGUGUUGCUCAAAGGCAUCGAAUUCGACCUGCCGGGAUCUGUGCUGGAGAGCUUUUCAGGCUGAUUGGGGUCAAGCCUGGAACCAGCUCGAAUCAAGCUGUCUCUCGUCCGGAGGCGAGGACGAGCUGCGUCGCUGCCUCGAGGACACGGACGAGCCGUGCGAAAUGGGCUGUUCGGGGCUCGAUUAUUGCGCGAGAUACAAUUACAGGCCGACGAAUCUAUUUCGAACUUGUUCAGGAGCUUCGGACGACGCGGCUGAGAGGGAAUACGGUUAUUGGUCCCGAGGUGGGAUAAUUCGCGGAUUGAGCAUUCCCGUUCGUGCGCAUCCGUCUUGUCCGGUUGAAUCGUUGCGAGCUGCGUCCUGCCUGCUGCAGCUUCGUCCCUGCGAAUCGAGGAUUCACGAGACGCGACUCUGUCGCGAUGAUUGUCUGGAAUUGAUGUCGAGCUGCAUCGACUGGUCGACGGUGAGCGGGCCGUACACAGCGUCGACUCUCUGUUCGAAAUUAUCGCCGAGCCACCAAGGGGCGCCGUGCGUUUCGCUCAAGCCGUUUCUCGAAGAGCCGAGCGACGCCGAGAGGACGCUUUUGCCCGCGGAAGACAUUUCGACUCCCUGCCAGAGCAGCCCUUGUCCGUCGGGCAAAUUGUGCAUCGUCGAGCCGAACCGGAGCGGCUCGUACAGAUGCGAGACGGCGUGCAGUCUCGGCGAAAUGUCUCGUCAAAUGGUGCCGCUCGCCACGUGGAUCCAGAUCCCGAGAGAGGACGAGCAGCGUCUCGGCAGUCUCGCUGGCUGUCACAGAAUUUGUGAGUGCACGACGCGCGGUCUGGACAAGUGUCGCGACUUGAACUGCUUCAAUUCGGACUCGUGCUGGGUCCAGGAUCGGCUCAUACCUCACAGAUCGGCAUUUUAUCUCGGCUGCAAUCCCUGCAAUUGUUUCGAGGGUGAAGUAACGUGUUCGCGAAAGACUUGCGGCGAGAUAAGACCUCCGUCGUUGCCUUGCGAUUGUCCGCUUCAUUACGUGCCAGUUUGCGGCCGCCUGGGAGUCACAUUCGCUUCUGCCUGUCUCGCUAAAUGCUCCGGAAUGUCUGCCAACGAAGUCGAGUUCGGUAGCUGUUCGAGCAAGGAUCCUUGCGCCUCCGAUCCUUGCCCGAAGGCUGAAAAGUGCCUCGCGAGAGCCAGAGUUUGUUUGUCACCGGUGCAAAAGCCUUGCAAACAGUACCAAUGCGUCCCCAUCGAUUGCGAAGCCUCCGAAGACCGUUCCGGACCUGUUUGCGACCGUGACAAUCGAGAACACCGGUCACUGUGCGCGCUCGUUCACUCGGGCUCCAGCCUCGCUUAUCGAGGACCCUGCUUGAGUGGCUGCAGCCUCCGUGGACCCGUUUGCGGCAUCAACGGACAAGUUUAUCCCAACGAAUGCGCUGCCUGGGCAGAAAAAACCGUCGUUGAUUACACCGGACCCUGUGUAGCCGUCGGGCUCAUCAGCGACGAAGCCGCGCCUCGUUGCGGCGACGCUGUUCAAUGUCCGGCUCUCCAAGUCCCCAAUUGUGUCGGCGUCACCCCGCCCGGUGCCUGUUGUCCCGUCUGCGGAGGUGCUGCUAGACUCUUCUACUCGAGAAAACAGCUCGAUCGAAUUUUCUACGUGAUGACGGAAGAAGCGGACAAGGACGCUGUUACGCUGGAAAGCCUGUUGACCGCUUUAUCCAGACACAUUCAAGUUGCGGAAUGUGCCCUCCGCGGAUCCGUCACUCCUGAAGGCGACAUCUUUAUUAUCACCCAGCCAAUACCGAGAAAACCUUCGGCUCUUCAGCUCAGAGCUUGCGUAGCCGAAAUGGAGAAAAUCGUUACGAGAAUCGUGGAAAGAAGCCCAAGAAUAGUGGCCGAAGUACCGCUGGCCUCUUUGACGAGAGCCGAAAUUGCACACUCUCACAUUUCCGGUACAACCGCAAAGAGCACCAGUUUUACCCUCCAGUGCAUCACACUUUUCAUGGUUUUUGCUAUAGUCACUUGAUUCUGGCAAUUGUGUGACUCUACCAAAAUACCGAAUUAUCGAAAGGAGCCCGAGUCGGUGUUGAAGAGUUUAGGAAAAUUAGAUUCUUUUCUUCCAGUCCGCAACUCCGUGGUAAAUACGUCGCGAUACUCGUGACUCGACAUAGCGCUAACCGGUGGCCAAUGAAGGCACUUUUUGUUAAGUUCCAAAGACAAAGUCUGCGUCGUUCGAUCGAGACGAAACACGCAUUUUUGAGUUGUUAAAAUUUUUUUUUGAAACGCGAUUCUAAUAUUCAGGAGAGUAUCGAGUAGCCAAGCCAACGGAGUUGGACUAGAAAUUACAAGAAACUAAAAAGAGUUCCAAUCAACAGAAUCGUUUGGAAUCGGUGACACCCGCAAGACCAAAAUCACUACGCGUUCACUUUACCGAAACGCGCCAUACGCUCAUGACUGUGAUUACUCUAGUACGUACGUUAAGCCAAUCACACCAAAGAUAGCACGAAAUUGAGACGAGAGCGAGGAAGAAUUAGGUCUCGUAGGAAAAUACGACUGAAAUCGCUCUAUGUAAAUUGUAAAUAAUUUAAUAAACAAGUUGUUAAUUGAA